ACUCUCCGACGCCAUCUCUCCAUCAGUCCUAGUUUUUAUCUGUUUGUCCGUUCAUCCGCCCACGAGGUGUCUCCUCUCGCUGCCCAGUGGUGCUAAAGCGGCCUCAUCCCACCUCUCCGUGCCCAGAAGUCAUGCUGCCUCGUCAUCUCAUCUCACCGGAAUGAAAGCACUCAUUAUGUCUGACUCAGCUCCCGUUCACGGAGGAGGUCACUAAUGGGGGAUAUUUCAUCCCUUGAGCCACUCCACGUAAACGCAUCCUAUAUCAAACAACAAACACCUGUAUUCCCCAGUGAAUGUCUGCCACUCAGAGAGAAGCAGGAGGUUGGGGCACUGCUGGGUAAUGCAGCACUGUAAUACCAGCCAGUCAGCUGAGACGUUCACUGAAUGACUCUGUAGGCAGGUAUUAUUUAACUCACUGACUUCGUUGUAGAUGCUGCAGUUUUCUUUGUGAAUCGAGGCAAUCACCUGAAAAACAAACAGACAUUUUGCAUCAUUAUCAAUUCAUCAUCCAUUUAGUGGGUUUAUUUGUACAAAAAAAAAAAAAAAACGCUAAAGGAUAGACAGCACCACAGUUUAGAAGCACAACUUAGCUGACUGGCAACCAUAAUAAGAGGUGUGGUGUUGUGGUAUUAAAAGUGUUGCUCGAUUUCCACCUCUAGCUGUCUAAUUCUGUAAUGGAGGCCUUCAGAGCCUGUGAUGCUGAAAAAUAGAGGUUGCUGCUAUCAGUAGUCAACUGUAGUUUAUUUUAACACUGACAGUGAUCUUUCACUGACUUUUUCCAAGAAAUAUUGUUGCCUAAACCCAGUCAUAACUGUAGUGUGUCAGAUUGCAGCACCCCCAUGGGAGACAGUUGACAAAAUAGCUUAAUUUGUUAUUUAGGCAUGAGGAUGUAGAGACAGAAAGAGUGUCUAAGACCUCAGACAACAGUGAGAAUCCGAGCAAUGUGGAAUACAUUGCAAUGCAUAUUUUCUAUGAAUGAUUUCAUUUUUUUUUUUUUUUAUUCAAGUGUCAUGCAGCUGAAGGUGCCCAGCCCACAUGAGAUUGCUUGCCACUACGUAUAUUAUCUAGAGAGGCUGGAGAAGACAAAAAACAAAGAAAGCAAGCCAGUACGUUCAUACAAACCCAUUAUGCACCGCUAGGCAUUGUGUGUUCGGCAUAUGAAGCAAUUCAUAUUUCACAAUAUUCAUAUUGCAUAAUUUGCAAGAAUGUCUGCUACUAAUAAUUUGGCUAAAGUGACGUACAAGACACAACAUAGACUAAAAUUACAGAGAAGUGACUGUACUGGUAAUAAUUUGUUUUAUCAAAUGUAUAAAAUGUGAACUGACCCAGUCUGCCUCGCAGAAAUAUCAUCAUGCAUAUUAAUGAGCUGAAAACUUGCCUGAAAAAAUUCAAACAAACCCUGACUUCUGUUUGUCUUCCUCAGCCCCCACCCUCUGGAUCUAUGAUCUUGUUAAAAGAGAGAAAAAUAGACAAAGAGAGGAAGUGAAAAGAGCGACCACAUCUCCAUCCGCUCUCCGCUAUCUGUUAUCUGGCUGCAGAUAGAGUCAUUACCCUCCUUCCUCCAUCUGUCCGUCAAUACAGGGUCCAUUAAGCCCAGCCGUGCACACUCAGAUCCAUCACGGCAAAAGACAUUUCCUCUUUUCCCACUCAUACUUGCCCUUUUAUUAGAUUGAAGCCCAGGUAAUGCGCAUACUCUGAAAAUAGUCAUCAUUGUGCUGUCUUGCUGAAUUACACGUGCUGUUCCGUAAAUCUGAGCCUUCACAGUCUAUUCAAAUGAUAUAUUAGAGUUCAUUGGCUCAUAUUUCAUCACAGAUUACAGCCUCCCCGUUUUAUUUUUUCAGUGGGACCAAUCUCACUGAUGAUUGGGUUUCUGUGAUGUGUUGCAGAGCUUUAAUGCUGAAGAGGAGAUCCAGCGCUCAAAGAUCUAAUCUAAAAGCUCUGUAUUAUCCUUGCUUACCCCUGCCUGGAUUCUUAAUUAGAGAUCUGUGUUUUGGUCCCAUGUUUUCUUCACACAAAGCACUUUCUCGCACAACUUUUCUGCUUUUAUCACCCUCUCAUGAUGUUCUCAUAACCGCUGCAUGGCUGUUCAGGGGUGCGUUAAAAAGAUAUGUGGACCAUUUUAAGACCAUCCAGAUAUGCAUAUACCCAAGUUACAAGCUCGUUUCCUCCACCAUAUGCCCUGAACACAAUCAUCUGCUGUGUAUGUGUGUGUGUGUGUGUGUGUGCUUGCAGCUCAUUGCUGGAGCAGAAGGAGGACUUACGGAAGAGACUUUCCUACACAACACACAAGCUGGAGCUGCUGCAGAGCGAGUUUGACUCCACACGGCAGUACCUGGAGACGGAGCUGCGCCGGGCACAGGAGGAGCUGGACAAGUUCACUGAUAAACUGCGCAGAAUACAAAGCAGCUACUCAGCACUGCAGAGGAUCAACCAAGAUCUGGAGGAGAAAAUCCACAGAGAUUCUCAGCACCAUGACGAUGAGAAGCGAGCACUGAGCAGAGAGAUCAUCGUCCUCAACAACCACCUGAUGGAGGCAAAACUCACCAUCGAGAAGCUACAAGAAGACAACGACCUGUACAGGAAGGACUGCAACUUGGCUGCUCAGCUCCUCCAAUGCAACAAAUCUAUUUACAGGGCCCAGCUCUCUGAGUUGCCUGCUGAUUUGCAGGAGCGGCUGGCCAUGCACAUGGAGGAGUCCCCUCUCUGUCACACAUACCCGGACACCGUCCCGGCCUCUCUCAUUGCCAAAGUGCUCGAGAAGCCAGACGAGGCCUGCAGCAGCAGCCAGGCCUCCCGCUCCCCAAGCCCGCAAACCCAGGACCAUGCUUUUAUUUUGGAGCGCUUGGGACCUGGAGAGCGACUAGGGCUCCGCGCAGCCUACAAAUCUGACUUGUACAGUAGCGACACGGCCCUGUACUGCCCUGAAGACCGGCACCGUGAGAGGAGGCCCAGCAUGGACCUCCACGGUCAGAGGAAGCUGCUGUACGGGCCUCAAAACUCCACAGACAGCAAUCCAGAGGAGGGCUCGGUGGGGCUGAGGGCUGGUUUCUCCCAGGAGCACUUUGCCAAGUUCCCUGCCACACUGGGUGCAGGCUCCAGCUCCUACUCCAGCUUCAGUGGAGGGGGAUCUGAAGACAAAGGCAACGGGCCGCCCAGCAGUGCAGCUUCCUCCCCACGCCACCAUUCCCUGUACAUGGACUGGAGAGAUGCAGGGGAUUAUGAGAGAAAGAGUGACUCCUCCUGGGAGAGGGACAGUCCAAGAGGUUUUGCCAAUGCUCAUCCCUUCCAGCAGACAGAGCUGAGCCACCACCAGAACGGCAGCUCUCCUGUCUACAGUCGCACCAUGUCCUCCUGUUUCAGUGAGCCCUACGAGCCGCUCCCUCCCUCUUCAUCUCCAAGUGUUGCCUACGGAGACAGUCGUCGAGGCAGCACGUUAGCCCCAGAGGAGGAGGAGCUGAUUGGCAGAUGGAGGCAACUUAGUGUGGAGGACCUAAGUGCCCACACCUACCGCAGUCCAGGUCGGGCUUCACCUUACAGCUUCUCAGAGCAGCACUUCUCUGUCCGGCCUGCCAAGAUCCGACUUGGGCCGCUUUACAGCAGCUUCCAGGAAGGGGCAGACUAUUACCAUCAUGGGGAUGAGGAUGUCAUGGACCCGGUGUGGGUAGCCGCAAGCCCCAGCCCAGAAUGCAGUCCAGGGCUGCGGCAGGCUCACAGCCAAGCCCACCUGUACCGAGCCGAGGACAGCCAGGGGUCGGAGCACAGCCUCUACCACUCAGGGAGCUCCAAAGACAGGGAGGGCAAUGUGGCAGCUGGCGGCCAGAGCACGGAUUAUGUAGACCCCAGCCCCAACAGCUCCACCGAAUCUCUGAACCAGAGAACCCUGGAGAUGGCUGCAGAAAUGCAGCACUACCAAGUGGAAAUGCACAGCCUGCCUGCGCAGGCGAGCCAGUCUCCACCUCCGGCACCACCCCCUCCUCCUCCGUACAACCAAAAAUUUGGCUCCCUGGGCCUUUCCAGGAAGGACAGUCUGACCAAGGCCCAGCUUUAUGGAACACUUCUGAACUGAAGGACUUUCCGAUCACAUUUAACCUUUGACAGGAUGCUAGACGCAAAGCCCUGCUACGUCCAGCUACACCUUGCAUUAGCAAGAUUGUUUUGAUAGAAAGUGUUUUGAAUAGAAGCCAGUAUCACAAACAUGUAACUAUUGCUGAUUAUUUAUAAAAAGCUUUGAUUGUUUCACUGUGGCUGGCGACAGUUUACUCUAUAAUUGUUCUGAGCAAGUAAGUCAGUGUCAAAAGAGCUGAAUGUGGGACAAGAGGAGGAGAGGAGCUCAAAUGGCCCAUAAAAUUUGUAAGAUUGUGUAUGUAGUUAAACUACAAAUGUAUAAAUAUAUACUUAUAACUAAAAAUUGAGUGAUAUAUUUUGUAUGUAGCUGUUAGCAAGAAAUACAUCCAAAACAAUCAAACAAAAUGCAAAUCUUCUAGGUGAACGUGGAACUUGUAUAUAAGAUUGCCAAGCUUAUAUUCGAAAACCCUGAGAAGCUUUUUAAAUGAGAAAUGAUGGCCAUAUAAAUUGCACACAGAUUUGUUUCAGUCGUUAUUUUUAAUCGACGGAAACAGCGUUGGCCUUGCAAGGAUUUAAAUGUGAAUGCUGAGCAUAGGAAGACGACAAAGACAAAUUUAUCACUGAAAUGAACAAUGUGAAACAUACAUUUUGUUUUGCUUCUGUUGAUUGAAUUUGACACUAUUGCUGGGUGUGUUAUAUCGUUAUUGAUGGAACGUUUUGAGAUCUGUCUUAACAGUCUGUUUGACUUUAUUUUUGCUCUUAUAUAUCCCACAGAGAGGUUUUGCUGCCCCCAUUUCUACCUCAGAUUUGGAUGCCCACACCCCAUCAAGCCACUGUAACCCUGUUUCUUUAACAAUGAUGCAUGUUUAUAUAUUUUGGUUGUUUUGAUCGCCUAAUAAAGCACAAAUUAUACAU